AUGUUGCAGAGCACCACCAUCUUCUUCCCCACUCUUUCAUUUUCACCGUCCCAAUCUCUACGCUCUAUCACUCUUCUCUCUCCCCCAUCAUUUCCCUCUCACCACACCCAAUCCCAGCGCCAUCCAAAUCAACCAGCCCCGAAAAAGAGGCAAUUUCAGCGGCUUUGUAGCUCUUAUGAGGUCGGUGGAGGCUUCCCAGACGCCCAAGACCGGAAUGCAACCACCCAAGAAAAAACCGACCCGGCCCAGAUUGAAGCCCUUCUCAAAGGUGGAGAGCAAGUCACUUCUGUCCUCGAAGAAAUGAUCACCCUCUUGGAAGAUAUGAAGAUGGAUGAGGCGUCUGAAGAGGUGGCAGUGGAAAUAGCUGCGCAAGGGGUCCUGGGGAAGAGAGUCGAUGAGAUGGAGGCCGGUUUCAUGAUGGCGCUGGAUUACAUGAUCAAGCUUGCUGAGGAUGACCAAGAUGACAAGCGCAAAUCACUAUUGGAGGUGAUUAAGGACACAGUCUUAUCCUACCUUACCAAAAAAUGCCCUCCACAUGUUCAAGUGAUUGGCCUACUCUGUAGAACUCCUUUGAAAGAUAGCAGACAGGAAUUACUACGCAGAGUGGCUGCUGGUGGUGGUGUAUUUCAAAGUAAAAAUGACGUCAAAGUUCAUGUCCCUGCUGCAAAUCUCAAUGAAAUUGCUAACCAAGCUGAUGAUUUACUGGAGACAAUGGAAACUCGGCCUGUAGUUCCAGAUCGAAAGCUACUUGCAAGACUUGUUUUGAUCAGAGAGGAAGCUCGGAAUAUGAUGGGAGGUGGAAUACUAGAUGAGAGAAAUGAUCGUGGGUUUAAGACUCUUCCUGAAUCAGAGGUGAACUUCUUAACAAAACUGGUAGCUUUGAAACCAGGGAAGACUGUGGAGGAGAUGAUAAAAAAUGUUAUGGAAGGGAAAGACGAAGGUGCAGAAGACACCGGCAGUGAUGAGGAAGAUACAACCAGUAUAAAGGGUCCGAUUGGAAUUGCAGGAAGGGAAAGUGUUACAGGACGAAAAGCGCUUCCUGUGCGCCCUGGCAUGUUUCUUGAGACUGUGUCCAAGGUCUUAGGUGGUAUUUAUGGUGGAAAUGUCUCUGGCAUCACAGCACAACAUCUAGAAUGGGUUCAUCAGAAGACACUUGAAGUUCUUCAGGAAAUAGCGUUUUAAACGUCUUAGGUCAUCCUCUGUAUUUUGAGCAGUUGAAAUGGAUAAUAUUUAGUGAAAAUAGGGACAAUAAUCUUUUGCAAUAGAAGUUGCUGGGUUGACCCUGUGAAGGCCCAAAGAAAAGUUCAUAAAAUCAGGUACAGAGCACUAGGAGGAAGCUGCUCAAACUUCUGAUAGGGGUUAGCUGCUGUUACAAAUUAAACCAUAUUUUGUUGAAUGAAGAAUGUACUUGAUGGAGUUGAUCAACAGCCUAUACAUGCUAUCCAUUUCGGUAUGUUUGUCUCUGCUAGAGCUUGCCACGACUACCUCCCAUUAACAAUGGCCAGCAAGCAUAAGUGAAGUAUUUUGGUUCCUUCAUCUGGUCUAUAUGACGAGUCUGGUUUUCUUUUUGUUUAGUUCUUCAUGAUGUAACAAGUACACAGAUGAAACUGUGAGCUUUUUACAAGUUACCCUGAUUGAGCUUUGCAUAU